AGACUCCUUUACUUUUGACGUGACAACUGGCGUGGCGUUCGUUUUCUCAAUUUCUUUGCAAAUUUUUACAUUUUAAUAGCAAAAAGCGAGGAAAACUAUUACAAAUAUGGCUAAAAAGAAAAAUGAAGAGUCGACCAAUGAUCAGGACUUUGAAGAGGAGCCGAAUUUCGAAGAUCCCGAGGGAUUUGUAGAUGAUAUUAGUGACGAUGAAUUGUUGGCCGACAAGUUGGAACAACGUCCAUCUGAAGCUGAUGGAGUUGAAAAUGUUGUGGUUGUGGAUAAUAUACCCAAAGUUGAGCCAUCACGUUUGGAAAAAUUGAAAAUGGUUAUUAGCAAGUUGUUCUCCAGUUUUGGCGAAAUUGUUAACUCUGUAUAUCCCGUUGAUGAGGAGGGCAAGACUAAGGGUUUUGCUUUCAUGGAAUUCAAAAACUCCCAACAGGCCGAAGAGGCUGUAAAGAAUUUAAACAAUCAUCGUUUGGAUAAAAACCAUACAUUUGCUGUGAAUUUGUUUACCGAUUUCCAGAAGUACGACAAUAUUCCCGAGAAAUGGGAACCCCCAGUUCCUCAGCCCUUCAAGAUGCAAAACGAUUUAUACAGUUUCCUUAUGGAUCCUGAUGCAUACGACCAAUAUUGUGUGGCUGCUGAAAGUUCGCCCAACAGUGUACAAGUGGCUUUCUGGCAAAAUACUCUACCCGAACCUAAUGAAUUGGAAUCCCGCGAAAACUUUACCGACACCUUUGUUAAAUGGUCUCCUUUGGGUACAUAUGUGGUAACUUUCCACAAACCUGGUGUUGCCAUCUGGGGCGGUAGCAAGUUUACACGUAUUCAACGUUUCCCCCACCCUGGCACACAAUUUGUUGAGUUCUCUCCCUGCGAAAAUUAUUUGGUUACCUAUGGUCCCACUCCCACUGGCCAGAAGGUUGUUAUCUGGGAUAUACGUUCUGGCGCUGAAAAGCGUUCCUUUGUAGCCGACGGUGUAUCAAUGUUCUCCAUGUUCCGUUGGUCUCACGAUGACAAAUAUGUUGCACGUUUGGGUGACAAUUCCAUACACAUCUACGAAACCCCAUCUUUCUACCUGCUCGACUUGAAGUCUAUCAAGGUUCCCGGAAUUCGUGCUUUCUCCUGGUCACCAACUGACAAUGUUAUUGCUUACUGGGUAGAGGAACAAAAUCAAAUUCCCGCACGUGUCACCCUGCUCGAAAUUCCCAAGAAACGCGAAAUCCGUAAUAAGAAUCUUUUCCAUGUCGCUGAUUGUAAAUUGCACUGGCAGAAAUCUGGUGAUUAUUUGUGCGUGAAAGUAGACCGUUAUUCAAAAUUGAAGAAGGAUAAAAAGGAUUCAGAUGUUAAAUUCUUGGGUAUGUUCUACAAUUUCGAAAUCUUCCACAUGCGUGAAAAGGAGGUGCCUGUUGAUUCCGUAGAGAUCAGAGAGUUGAUCUUGGCCUUUGCCUGGGAACCCGUCGGCAACAAGUUUGCCAUCAUCCAUGGCGAAACCAACAACUCUAAUGUCAGUUACUACGAGGUCAACAAUGGUGUCAAGCCCACAUUGGUGAAAAAACUGGAAAAGAAAUCAUGCACUCAUCUCUUCUGGUCGCCCAGAGGUCAAUUCAUUGUUAUGGCCAAUUUGACCACCGGCACCUUUGAAUUCGUUGAUACCAACAACAACUUCCUCAUCACCGCUUCACCCGAUCAUUUCCGUGCCUCGGAGGUGGAAUGGGAUCCUACUGGUCGUUAUGUUGUUACCGGCGUCUCUUCCUGGAAGGUUAAAGAAGAUACUGGCUUUAACAUGUACACCUUCCAAGGUCGCAUUAUUCGCCGCAACAUUCUCAAGAGUUUCGUACAGUUCUUGUGGCGUCCUCGACCAGCCACUCUACUCAGCGAUGAGGAAAUCAAGGAGAUUAGGAAGAAUUUGAAGAAAUACUACUUCAUAUUCGAACAAAAGGAUCGCAUGCGUAUGACUCGUGCCUCCAAGGAAUUGCUAGAGAAACGUUCACAACUGCGCAAUCAAUUUACCGAAUACCGUACUAAGCGCGAAGCUGAAUGGAAGGAACAGAAAGCAAGACGUAUGCAGCUCAGAAAUCAUUUCGAUACAGAUAGUUUGGAUACCGAAGAAGUUGAUGAAGAAAUUAUUGAAUUUUUGGUCAAAGAAGAAACAACCGUACUCGAGUAGUUCUAUUAAGUGUUAAGCAUCUUUGUCCUAAUUAUAAACAAUAGUUGUAUUUAAACAGCAAAACAUAAUCCGCAAACAUUCAGUUGAUCACAUAAUAAAACGACAAAUUUACUUGCUUUUGCUGCUGUUAGUUUAUGGAUGAAUGAUUGAAAUAAAAUCAUAUUUAAAUCAAUCAAUAAACUACCAUCAAAAUUAAAAAAAAAGAUUAUUAUAUACAUAUAUGUAUUCAUAAAAAAGCAAGUGUCGUACAAGUAUAUAAAAUAAUAAAAUAAAAACAACAACAACCAACAAUAACAGUGUAUUUUAUUAAAAAAAAAAAUAAGUUCAUAAAAUCUAAACAUAAUUUUUUGUAUUUAUAAAAUUAAUUAAAAUAUAUAAAUUAGUAUAAAAAAAAGAAAAACAAACAUAAUUUUAAUUAUCCUUAAAUACAAACAAAUGCAUAUAUACAUUCUUAUGUCCCUAGAAAGAACAACAAAAUUAAAACCAAUAAAAAUACACUGGAGAAAAAAAAAACAACAACAA